CAAAUCUUAGGACACAAAAUAAUUAAUGCAAAUCGAAACAAAAUACACUACCUCUGCCUUCUAUGGUGAUGUAACUCUCCCCUCCCACUUAACAAGCUGACUAAACGCCAACACUUCUACUUCAAAACAUGGUUCCUCUCUGCUCAUCAUCAUCUCCACUAAUGCUUCCCCUCCACUUCCUUCCUCUCCUCAUCUUCCUCUUCUAAUCACACUCUCUUCUCAUUAAUGGUCUUGGUUAUAUGUAAAGCUGCUCUCUUACCUUCUUGGGAAUUUUUCUGUCUUAAAUAUUGUUGCCAACCACUUACUUUUCUCGAGAAAACUACCGCUACCCACUUCCUGCACCAGCACCAGCUUUGGUGCCGUUGUUUUGUUGUUCAAUUUCGAUAUACAAUACUUGUACAGUAACUCUUGGAAACCAAAACCAUCUCUUCUUGGGAUGCACAGUUGAGUUAUUCAUUCUUUCUCUCAUUUAUAGUUUCCAAGAUAGUGAUUAAUUUUCUCGGGGAGUUCUACCAUUUGAUUCUGUUUGGAGUAAACUUUCUUGGCUGCCAAGAACCAAGCUCCUCUUUUCUUCUUAAUAUUAUUACUUGCUCUUUAGAAUCGAAUUCCUCCACUUCUUGUUUUGUUCUUUAACGAGAGAGAACAGAACAGAACUUGUUUUCCAAUCCCCACAAGUUACAGAAACGUUUCAAUUUUCUCCAGCAAUUUCUGUCUCAAGAACCUGUCUUUUUGUGGUCACGAGAUUUCCACUCUUGAACAGAGAGACAUGGAAAUGAACAAAUACAGCUUCAGAUUCUCACACUUUUCUCCAUUAACUCCAGCUGUUUCCAGGAAGUUAGCGAUGGGCAUAUGCAAUAAUUGAAGGGUUUUAGGUCCACAUGAUUCUAGUUAUUGUUGAAUGACCAUUUUACACCAAUUCUUUUUCGACAAUGGCCAAAACCUCAGUUCUUUCCCUCCAAUUCAUUAUAACUGUCAUUUGCCUUCUUUCCCUCUCAAGUUUCCCACCUUCUUUGUCUUUGGAUGUUGAGACUCAAGCCUUGCUUGAUUUCAAAAGCCAGCUGAAAGACCCUUUGAAUGUUUUAAAGUCAUGGAAAGAAUCAGAAUCUCCAUGUGAAUUCUCAGGGAUUACUUGUGAUCCUCUAUCUGGGAAAGUGACUGCAAUCUCAUUUGAUAAUCAGUCUCUCUCGGGCGUGAUUUCACCAUCCAUUUCUGCCCUUGAAAGCCUGAUGUCCCUAUGGUUGCCCUCAAAUGCUAUUUCCGGGAAGCUUCCAGAUGGAGUCAUUAACUGUAGCAAGCUCAGAGUACUGAAUCUCACUGGGAAUAAAAUGGUGGGAGUCAUACCAGAUCUCUCUUCGUUGAGAAACUUGGAGAUUCUUGAUUUGUCAGAGAACUACUUUUCUGGUAGAUUCCCAUCCUGGAUUGGCAAUUUAAGUGGACUACUUGCGCUUGGUUUAGGGACAAAUGAAUAUCAUGUUGGUGAAAUCCCUGAGAGUAUUGGAAACCUGAAGAACUUGACUUGGCUCUUUCUGGCAAAUUCCCAUUUGAGAGGAGAGAUUCCAGAAUCCAUAUUCGAACUGGAGAAUUUGCAGACAUUGGAUAUCUCUCGGAACAAGAUCUCUGGGCAGUUCCCAAAAUCAAUAUCCAAGUUGCGAAAGCUUACUAAAAUUGAGCUCUUUUAUAAUAAUUUGACUGGGGAAAUCCCACCAGAGCUUGCCAAUCUCACACUUCUCCAGGAAUUUGAUGUUUCUUCUAAUCAGUUAUAUGGGAAGCUGCCUGAGGGAAUUGGUAGCUUGAAGAGUUUGACGGUUUUUCAGGGUCAUCAAAACAACUUUUCAGGAGAAAUCCCUGCUGGUUUUGGAGAGAUGCGCUAUCUUAAUGGCUUCUCAAUCUACCAAAACAAUUUUUCAGGAGAGUUCCCAACCAAUUUCGGCCGGUUCUCACCAUUAAACAGUAUUGAUAUAUCUGAAAAUCAAUUUUCAGGUAGUUUUCCCAGGUUCUUGUGCGAAAGCAAGCAGUUACAGUACUUGCUUGCCCUGGGAAACCGUUUUUCUGGAGUGUUACCGGAUUCGUAUGCUGAGUGCAAAACUUUGUGGAGGUUCAGGGUCAAUAAGAAUCAGUUGACAGGGAAGAUUCCGGAGGGGGUUUGGGCAAUGCCACUUGCCAGUAUAAUUGAUUUCAGCGAUAACGACUUCACUGGUGAAGUAUCUCCUCAAAUUAGGUUGUCUACCAGCUUGAAUCAGUUGAUUUUGCAAAACAAUAGGUUUUCGGGUCAGCUCCCAUCUGAACUUGGCAAGCUAAUGAAUCUAGAGAAGUUGUACUUGAAUAAUAAUAACUUCUCUGGUGUAAUACCUUCUGAUAUUGGUUCUUUGCAGCAGUUAUCAUCAUUGCAUUUGGAAGAGAAUUCAUUGACAGGAUCCAUACCAUCAGAACUGGGGGAUUGUGCCAGAGUUGUCGACUUGAAUAUUGCUUCAAAUUCUUUAAGUGGUCGUAUCCCAAGUACUAUUACAUUGAUGAGCUCUUUAAACUCUCUGAAUCUUUCACGAAACAAGAUAACUGGUUUGAUCCCGGAAGGUUUAGAAAAGUUGAAGCUAAGUUCCAUUGAUUUGUCUGAAAACCAGUUGUCAGGAAGAGUUCCCUCAGUUCUUUUGACAAUGGGUGGAGACAGAGCAUUUAUUGGUAACAAGGAACUUUGUGUUGAUGAAAAUUCCAAAACCAUUAUAAAUUCAGGGAUAAAGGUUUGCUUGGGAAGACAAGAUCAAGAAAGGAAGUUUGGAGAUAAGCUGGUCUUGUUCUCAAUAAUAGCAUGUGUGCUGGUUUUUGUUUUAACUGGUAUGCUACUUUUGAGCUACCGGAACUUCAAGCAUGGUCAAGCUGAGAUGAAAAACGACUUGGAAGGGAAGAAGGAAGGAGACCCGAAAUGGCAAAUUUCAUCUUUCCACCAAUUGGAUAUUGAUGCAGAUGAAAUAUGUGAUCUGGAAGAAGACAAUUUGAUUGGCUGUGGUGGCACAGGAAAAGUGUAUCGCUUGGAUUUGAAGAAAAACCGUGGUGCAGUAGCUGUAAAGCAACUGUGGAAGGGAGAUGGUCUGAAGUUCCUAGAAGCCGAAAUGGAGAUUUUGGGGAAGAUCAGGCAUAGGAAUAUCCUGAAGCUUUAUGCUAGUUUACUCAAAGGAGAAUCAAGUUUUCUGGUUUUCGAGUACAUGCCUAAUGGUAACUUGUUUCAAGCACUUCACACACGGAUCAAAGAUGGGCAGCCUGAAUUGGAUUGGAAUCAGAGAUAUAAGAUUGCUUUGGGAGCUGCUAAAGGAAUUGCAUAUCUGCACCAUGAUUGCUCCCCACCUAUUCUUCAUAGAGAUAUAAAGUCAAGCAACAUUUUACUUGAUGAAGAUAAUGAGCCAAAAAUUGCUGAUUUUGGGGUUGCAAAGCUUGCAGAAAUGUCCCUUAAGGGGUGUGAUAAUAGCUCAUUUACUGGCACUCAUGGUUAUAUUGCUCCAGAGAUGGCAUACAGUCUUAAAGUCACUGAAAAGAGUGAUGUAUAUAGUUUUGGUGUUGUGCUAUUAGAGUUAGUCACUGGUAAAAGGCCCAUCGAGGAGGCAUAUGGAGAAGGAAAAGAUAUUGCCUACUGGGUUUUAUCUCAUCUCAACGACCGUGAAAACCUCCUCAAGGUUCUCGACGAAGAAGUGGCAUCCGGAUCUGCCCAAGAAGAAAUGAUCAAAGUCUUGAAGAUUGGUGUCCUUUGCACGACCAAGCUUCCGAAUCUGCGCCCUACCAUGAGAGAGGUAGUGAAGAUGCUCGUCGAUGCUGAUUCUUGUGCUUACAGGUCUCCUGAUUACAGUUCUGACAAAAACGAAAAAGUUUUUCUCUAGUAAUUUCCCUUUUCAGCGGCAGCAUACCAUCAACUGCGGCCAUAUUUGGAGAACAUAAUAUACAUAUAGUAGUAGAUAAUGCUGGUUUGUAAAAAGCAUUCUGAUGUUGUUUGAUGGAGUGCUUAGACUUGUCAUUUUGUGAAUAUAUAUUUGUAUUUGGAAGCAUAAUCAAUAUUUAAUUAUCAUUGGCUCCA